UGUUGUGACGCCAUACCGACGCUGCAGCGCAAGAGAAGAAAUCAAACCCGGAAGCGGCAGUUGCAGCGUUAAAAAAGGGGAAGUGAGAAAUGGAGGCGGCCGUGUUCAUCUUAUCACUCGUUGACUGUUGUGCUUUAAUAUUCCUCUCUGUUUACUUUAUCAUUACUUUAUCUGAUCUAGAAUGUGACUACAUCAAUGCUCGAGCCUGCUGCUCAAAGUUAAACAAAUGGGUUAUACCUGAGAUGAUAGGUCAGGCUCUGGCCACGGUGUUAAUGCUGGUUUCCAUGCACUGGUUUGUGUUUCUUCUCAACCUGCCUGUGGCAGCGUGGAAUGUUUACAGAUACGUGAAGGUUCCAUUGGGGAACAUGGGAGUCUAUGAUCCGACAGAGAUUCACAACAGAGGUCAGCUGAAGUCCCACAUGAAGGAAGCCAUGAUCAAACUGGGCUUCCACCUUCUCUGCUUCUUCAUCUACCUGUACAGCAUGAUCCUUGCACUGAUCAAUGACUGACCCGCAGCAGUCUUUACAACACCGCCUGCCAAAUCAUAAACUGACCUUUACGUAUUGUGAAACAAGCUCAAGUUUACCAGUCAGAAGAACAGCCCCAUCUCUCCUCAAGACAUCAUAUCACUUUACAGACAACUACAACUCAAUUCUGCUGAUCACAAUCCCCUGGAUGAACUGAAGAACAGAUGUCAAAUUGGUGUUUUCUGAUCAUUUGAUAUGUAUUUGUUUCAUUUUGUUUGUUGGACUUAAGUGAUCUUGCACUGCUUCUCAGGGCUGAAGCAUCAAGACAAUCGCACUGUCCUCUGCAAAUCACUGAAUGCACACAGGUGAUUUUUACGAAUGCGUCCGGGUCACAAAGCCCAAAAGAUAAAAGAAAUUCUGUUUUUACAUAAAUAAAAUGAAGCCUAUUUUUAAAAAUAAAUAAGAGGUUUUAGAUUGUGAUGUUUGCCUCGAAUACUUAUUACUAGUAAUGUGGCCACACAUUUUUUAUUAUUAUGCUUAUUGUCAUAAAAAUUGUCACAAUUCAAAAA